UCUGGACCGUUAGCUAGUUAGUUCAUUGCGAGAUAACGCGUAGUAGUGUAAAAAUAAAAAUACAUAGUAAGUCGCGGUUCAUCGUGCCAACAUGAAACUCGCUGCAAUAGCUGCACUUUUGAUGUGCAGCGUAGCCGUAACUAGUGGUUACAAAAUACUGGGUGUUUUUAGUUAUUGUGCUCAUAGUCACUUUAGUUUGGGAUAUCGCUUAGCGUCGGAAUUGGCGGCACGAGGACAUGAUGUGACUGUGAUAACUUGCAAACCCCAGAAUAAGGGGGUAAAAAAUUUAAAAGAAGUAUCAGUAGAAGGACUUAAAGGAGUUCUUGAAAGUUUCCAAUCCACUUUGUCGGAUUUUGGACAGAUGAACUUUUGGGGCCAAUUGGAAUGGAUUCAAGACCUAGGUAUAGCCUAUACAGAGUAUGUACUAACCGCUCCUGAGGUACAAAAACUAUGGCACUCCAAUCAGGAGUUUGAUCUUGUCGUAAUGGAGCAUUUUAUUAAUGACGCAGCGACGAUAUUUCAUCAUAGGUUUAACUGUCCAUUGGUGGUUUUAGCUCCUGGGCCCAUGAGCAUGAUGAACAACUACCUCGUAGGAAAUCUAGCUCCACCGUCGUACGUACCAAGCAUUUUGGGAAACUAUGACGCUGAGAUGAACUACUGGGAACGAUUGUCCAACACUUACCGAUUUAUUUUAGGAGAAAUUUUCAUGCAUACCAAGUUUAUUCCGGCGCAAAACGAAUUACUGAAACGAGUUUUUCCAGAUGCCCCUGACCUAAAUUCAAUUUUGUACAAUGCCAGCCUCAUACUUAUUACCUCCCACGUUAGUUUGAUAGACGCCAUGCCCCUACAACAAAACAUUAAGGAAAUUGGAGGUUACCACGUCACCGAUCCAGAACCUCUGCCAAAAAAUCUUAAAGACUUUUUAGACAGCGCCAAGGAUGGAGCAAUUAUUUUCUCCAUGGGAUCCAAUCUCAAGAGCUCUGACUUUGCAGCAGAGAAAAAACGGGCAAUUUUGAAGGCUUUUUCGAAAAUCAAACAAAAGGUUCUUUGGAAAUUUGAGACGGACCUUCCAGAGAAGAGUGAUAAUGUGAUGAUUUCUAGCUGGUUACCCCAAAAAGACGUCUUAGCUCAUCCAAAUGUAAUAGGAUUCAUUGGGCAUGGAGGUUUACUCGGUACCAUUGAGGCCAUAUAUCAUGGGGUGCCCAUAUUGGGCAUGCCAAUCUUUUGGGACCAAAAGAAAAACAUUGAAGAAUCCGCUAGAAAAGGUUAUGGCAUAAAACUUAAUUUUGCCGACUUAAACGAAGAGACUUUUGAAAAAUCGUUAAACGAAUUGAUCAAUAAUCCCAAAUACAGAGAAGGUGCCAAAACAAGAUCCAAAAUCAUGCACGACCAGCCAGUAAAGCAGAUCGACGAAGCAAUGUUCUGGAUAGAAUACGUGGUUCGGCACAAAGGAGCUCCACAUUUAAGAUCUCAAUCUGUUAAGUUACGAUGGUAUCAACUGUAUUUACUAGACGUAUUAGCUUUACCAAUAUUAGUAGUUGUUAUUUUAUUGUUAGUAGUUAGACGCUGUGUUAAAGUAGUUUUUAAGAAAAAAUCCAGUGACAAAAAGAUUAAAAAACAAUAAACAAGAUGUAGUAUAGGUAUAUGUCCAUGAUAAUAUUUUUUCACGAUAAUACGAUCUUCAACAACUUCCUAUACUCGAUAGGUAAUACUUGUUUCUUUCGAUUAAAUGAACACUUUUAGUUAUACAUUUGGAUAGACUGAAUAAAGAAGACAUACUCCUUAAGAGCAAAAAAGCUAUAUAUGAGAUUUGUUCAAUUGAAACCAAUCUUUGCCAAAAAAAAUAUUGGCAAAUAAAUCCACAAUAUAAGCUACAUAUCUUUUUGUUUCAACAACCGAUGUGCACCAUACUUAAAUAAUUCUUGAGCCAGUUACUCAAAGAAUUAUUUUACGAAAUUUGUACUUCUCGUCUGACUAAAAACUAUUAUUAUAAAACGCCUUUUUCAGUGAUCCACAAAUGUGAAAAUGGCAAGGCGAUCUAUCAGAACUGAUAGAACAUAUAAGAACUAGAGUGGAUGCUAUAAUAUCUUUUAUUUCUUUCGUUGUAGAUUUCUUUUUACUACUUUAGCAGCAUGAGGUGAAGCUUUGUCGUGAAGAAAAAUGACAAACAAGUAAGAACUUUCUUAGAGGUUUUCGUCUUAUUCCUUGAUGAAACUUAUUCAAAGUUUGGUUAUACAGAUUUAAAUCGAUAUAUUCUCUAAGUUCUGUAAACUCUAUUACCAAGGGUCUCUCAUAUUAAAAAAAUGAUAACAUGAUCUUGUAGCGGAAACUUAAAAAACUUUAAAUUACUCACGAACAAUUGUAUUCCGUAAGACGUGUAAAUAUACAUUUAUUUGCAAGCUUUUUUGGUCUUCUUAUAAACGGCAAGAAACCCAUUGUGCAA